AUGUGCCACCACCAUCCGCCGCAAACCAAUCCAACGCAAACCACCUUCUUCUCCCUACCCUCACCCCCAUCUCUCUUUCUUUAUCCUAAUAAAACUUCACCACUCCAACGUCAUCCGCCAACCACCUACUUCUACCAGACGCCUCUCCCUCUCAAAUCUAAAAGUUUUUGGCUAAACACAAGCAGAUCCGGCGGUGACGGUGGUUUGAUGAUGUACAAAUGGUGGUGGUCCGUCACAGACUGCGGUGGUCCAAUGGUGGUGUAUGGUAGCAGGAAAUUAUCAGGGAUGAAAAGCAGUGCCAGUGCAAGGGAAGUGGAAGAUGUUCCUGAGUUGAUGCAGCGUAUACAAUCAUGGUUGCCGGUAAAAGAAGCAGCCCGCACAAGCGUGUUGUCCAAGUCAUGGCUGUACGCCUGGUCUACCAUCCCUAUCCUCAUCUUCAGUGUUGGAAGAGAAAGAUGCAUGAAGUUGGCGUACAUGGACCGCGUUCUAUACAGGUAUCUCCGUGACAACAUACCAAUCGAAAGGUUUGACCUUAUGAUGGACGUCGAGAACCAGGAGUCAGCUUCUCAUGCUGAAAAAUGGAUCGGGCCCUUGGCAAACAAAACUUGUCUCAAAGAGUUUUCCCUCUCAAUCACCCUUAACGGUGCCUCGUUUACUUUGCCAGAUGAGAUACUCUCGGGCGAAAACCUAACUAAGAUAAGAGUUUCAGAGGCACUUAAUCACAUAUUGUCGUCUUGUAGCUUGCUUGUUAAGAUAGUGCUUUUAAAUUCUUGCAAUGGGUUCAACACCAUCAAGGUUAAAAACCUUCCUCGUCUUUAUGAAUUACGAAUAAAUUUAAAUGCUGUAGACUCUACUGCUUUGGAAAUCAGUGAUGUCCCAAAUCUUGGCCUGUUUAGCUACGAACUAGAUGUACGAUUUUGGCUGCACGAUCACCCCCCUCCUCCAUUCAACGCCUCUUCAAUAUCAUUAGGAAGAAGCGUGACACACUUAACGUUAGCUGGUGUGAUAACGGACAAUGCGUGUCUUGACAUCUUCAAAUCGCAAUUUCCUUUUCUCCAGAGUUUGACACUUUAUUUGACAUCUUGGAUGUUGGGAAGCUUCCAUUUAACAUGUCCUUCCAUCAAAAUAUUGUUCUUGCUGUCGUGCCCAGCCAUGGUUAUCGAUGUACAAGUUUAUGCUCCAAAAUUACUUUAUGUCCAUCUUUCUGGCUGCAUAUUGCCUAGUCUUCUGUUUCCACUCUCGUCUCUUCAGCAUUUCAAGGUUUCACUCAUGCUCCAGCUUCCUGUUGAUGCAGACUUUUUUCUUAUGAUGAGGGAAGCAUUCGAGUUAUCACGCUUGUGCUACCUUCAUAUAUUAACUGACAACUCUAAUCCACCAUUGGAUAUCGACAUCGAUGAUCUACGAACAAGGCUCCUGCUUCCUCCUGCUACUAACAUGCAAGAACUGUGGUUUGAAACGGAUCAGGACGAAGGCCUGUGGGAGCGAUCUCCAUUUUUUGAUGCAUUCUUUGAGAUUUGCCAUCCCAAGCAAGUAUUUCCACAGCCAGAUGUUUCCUUCAAGCAAAACAAUCACUUUUGCAGGCUUAUGUUGAGGGAGGUAUUGGAGAAAAAGAAUACUAGAACUGCGUAUUGGCCUCAUUACCUGAAACAUGUUCAAAUAAGAUGGGAUCCUCAUAAAAAAUGGAAAGCCCUAACAAAUUCCCACAGAAGCUUGCUAGACGAGUCCACUCCUGAUUUCUACCCAGAGUUCAAACUAAAGUGGCGUUAA